ACGCACGCGACACAAUCUCGCGCGCGCAAACACACAGAGACAGACUCGAGUCGUCGUAAUUGACCGUGACUCUGUGUGCGAGGAAAACGUGUAUAUCCCGCGAUACUGUGUGUACCACAUGCGCAUUUCGGCGUCGCUCUCGUCGGAACGCGCGUUUCUUUACGAAUUGGUCUUUUUUCGUCGCAAUAUUUUUAUUUGUGUUCCCGGUCGCGCGCAGUAUUGUUCCGCGACCCGACUUCGACGGUGUAUCAUAUCUCGCACGCGCGCAAAAAGACAAGACUUCCGACGUGAGAUAUACCGCGCGUGUAUAAAACAAGUACACGACAAUCGCAAUAAAGUUCAAGCGGGCAAGUAUGGCGACGAUGCGGCUGAGCCUGGCACCGAGGACCGUCAAGUACCUGAUAUUCAUCUUGAAUUUUCUCUUCGUGAUUACAGGAAUAAUUUUGGUAUCGGUUGGAGCGAUUUUCCAUGAAAUGUACAAUGAAUAUCAACAUUUCCUUGACAACAGUUUUCUCUCCGUAUCCAAUCUUCUCAUAGCCGUGGGCUCUAUUAUAUUUUUCAUCGCCUUCUUCGGAUGCUGCGGAGCCGUUCGCGAGAACUACUGCAUGAUCACAACGUUCUGCACGCUUCUGAUAGCGAUCUUCGUUCUGGAGAUUAUCGGCGGCACGAUGGGAUACGUGAUGAGAUCGAAAGUCGAGACGAUCGUUGAGGACAAAAUGUUAGACACAAUGAAACAGUACAACAAUAGCCAGGAGAUCAAGGUCAUCUGGGACAAUAUACAACGAAAAUUUGACUGCUGCGGCAUGAACAACCCAAGCGAUUGGAUUAACAGCACCGUGCAACUGCACGGUCUUCCGAUGUCGUGCUGCGAAGAAGUGAUAGGAGCUGUUGGCACGGUGAGCUGCACCGUAUCAUCACCGAAUCUCCAUAAAGAUGGUUGCGCAGACAUGUUCGUAAAUUUCGCCAAAACCCACGCGGCCAAAUUAGCGGGAGUCGGCAUGGGUCUCGGUGUGAUUCAGUUAUUGGGCAUCCUUCUGUCGUCCUACUUGGCCAAGUCGAUCAGAAAUUGUUAUCAGAACAUGUAAGGUAUUGCGCCAAGCACAUCGGAAGAGCCGCCGUUACAUUUGCCAGACAACAACUUAGCAGGAUAACUUACAUUUGAAUAUAGAACUAUGCGAGUCUCGAUAUCGAUCUGAUAUUUUACGCGAAUACAUUAUUUAUCAGAUUAGGAAAUUAUUUUGCUAUGUACGAUGUACAGUGGUACUUCCCAUUGCGCAGGAAUUUUUACAUGUACUUAGUUUUAUCAAACCUUGAUGCCAUAUAUAUAUAUAUAUAUGUAAACGUAUUUUUGUGAUACUUUUCGAAUCAGUGCGACCAAAUUUUAGAUCUAACGAAUCACACGAUUCGCAUGUGUUUCGUGUGUAAAGUAAAAUUCAAAUGUUCAGAUAUAUGAUUCAUAUUUGUGUCAUUGUUUUGCUUAUAUAAAAACAUAGCAACGAAAAACGUUGAGCAGACGUUUUUCUUUAGUUCGCAUAAAGACGAAAAUUUCAUUUCCGAGAUAUUCGCUUCGUAUUUAAAAUCUAAUACAAUUACGUCUCUCAGUGUGUACAUAAAAAAAUAUAUAUAUUAAUUAUAUAGUCACGAAAACAAUUACACAAAUUAAAAGAAUACAAGUUGAAACUUUUUAUGUUCCGCAAUAUCUGUAACUUGACCACUUGGGAUUGUUUUGAGUGAAAAAGCGACAAAUGGGUCCGAACAAUAUUCCGAAUCCAUGUUGGAUUUAGAAUUUUUUGCUCAAAAUAAUCCUGGGAACCAGUCAAGCUAUGGGCAUUCUAUUGCGAGACAUACAUAUACGAACUUUUUUUUUAUAAAAAAUUCAAUUUAAUUUACUUCAAAAAAAUUUUCUCUAUAAUCUUGCGAUAAUACGUUGUUUUUUUUUUUUUUCAUAAAACAAAAUGAACGUGUAAAUAGAAAUUAGGCACCAAGGACGAGAAAAGUAUAUUGUACUCAAAAAAAAGAAAAUAAUUUUUAUAAGAUAAUAAAAAUGACUUUUGAGGAA